GUUCGAGAUUUUAAUCACAACGAGUGCGAAAAAAGGGUAUGACGUCCAUUAGUCAUGAUGAGAGGCCACAUCCAUCAAUAGCUGAUGUCUUGGCUGCCUGUGGGGCUGCCCUGGUCGAGGCCACGCCUGCUAUCGAUUUCAUAGCGCUGUGCGCGACGUCGAAGCGCACCGCGACGGUGACGGAUCCCACGGUGCUCAAGGCGCUCGAGGAACAGCUACCCGUGCUGGGCAGCGAGUUCGUCAAGAGACGCCUCGCGGCCACGCACCCGCUGCGCGUCCUGACGAGCCUCGCACAGCAGUCGAGGCAGCGCCCUCGUGACACCGUCGUGACGCGCACAUGUGAAGUCGUCUGCGAAAUUAAGCUGGACUGCGGCGGACGCCUCGUGCAGCGCGGGCAGCUUACUGAUGUCGAAGCAUGGGAUUAUGGUGUCGAGGACGCCCAUACUUGUGCGAAACUCGAACUCACCGGCGCGAACCACGACAGGGUAAUAAGCAGGACGGGGAUAAACUAUUACGAACUGUCGGAAGGAUGGAUGUUCAAUCAAGCGCUCCGCCCUGAAGAGGCUCAUUUCCUUGCCGCCAGGCCCACCGAAGAGUGGACGGAGGAGGCUGAACGAGCUGCUGGUGGGGUAUGGACGGUCUUAGAUGAGUGGGAAGACUUGUUGGAAAGACUUGUUGGCAGCGCCAGGGUCUUUCUCGUGCGCGAGGACGGGAAGAGUCUUUUAGUGUUUGAGGAUAGACUGCGGCUCAAUUUUCAACACCCUCACAAGGAGCAACUGUCUAAGGACCAUAUAAAUCUCGAGGGUUAUUAUGACACCCCUGAACACGAAUUUGCGAUGUGCCUGGAGGCCCGACGGUUGGUGAACAUGCGUUCCAUGGCGACGCCAGUUUGCGAAGCCGAGAUUAUAACAAAGUCAGCGCCUAUUCCCCUGCCUGGUUCUUAUCAAGAUGGGGACGGCCGCGUUUGCCCGACGCAUUUCGGCAUCCGCGGCGACGCCGUGAAGUUGAGCUUCGCAGGCAUCGCUACCAAAAACCUCGCGGAUCUCCUCCACUACCUCGACUGCGUCGGGGACUGGAAGUAGUACAGAAACUUAAAAAC